AUGUGGAGCGCGGGCCGUGGCUGGGUUGCCGGGCCGGCGCUGCUCGGGCUGUUGCUGGUCCUCGCGGUGCGUGGCGGCGGCGGCACCCAGACCCGCGCGGGGUUCGUGACCUGCGGGUCGGUGCUGAAGCUGCUCAACACGCACCACCGGGUGCGGCUGCACUCGCACGACAUCAAAUACGGAUCCGGUGCGCGGGGCCGGGGCCGGGGCUGGGGCCUCCCAGGGCGGGGACUGCGGCGGCGCGGCGGGCGAGGCGGGGCCACGGCCAGGGCCGAGGUGAGUGCCUUUGGGGAAGACGGCGAGGGUGACGACCUGGACCUGUGGACGGUGCGCUGCUCGGGGCAGCAGUGGGAACGCCAGGCCUCUGUGCGCUUCCAGCACGUGGGCACGUCGGUGUUCCUGUCCGUCACCGGUGAGCAGUAUGGUAGCCCCAUCCGCGGCCAGUACGAGGUGCACGGCAUGAGUAGCGCCAGCUCGCACAACACCUGGAAGGCCAUGGAAGGUGUCUUCAUCAAACCCAGCGCGGAGCCCUCCGCAGCACACGAUGAACUCUGA